AUAUACCGUUUGACCUUUGUCACCAUGGAUCUUCUUAAAUACUUUUAUUACCUUAGACUGUACUAUCAGAUUAAGUCAUGGUAUAGAAACGAAAAUAACAGUCAGCAUCACAAGAAGGGGAUAGUUUAUGGCCGCAGAGGCAACAAGCUGGACUAUUACUAUGCUCCUAGAAGAAAUAAAUACAGGAAUGGGCUUCCCCCUCUGGUGGUGUUUGUCUACGGCGGUGCAUGGAGCACUGGACACAGAUCCACUUACUGUUUACUGGCGAGACAGAUGGCUGAAAACAUGAAUGUGGCUGUUGUUUGUCCUGAUUACUCCACUUAUCCAAAGGGGAAUGUUCUAAUGAUGGUCCAAGAUGUUGUUGACUGUUUGGUUUGGGCCCAAGUGAAUGCGCCGACAUUUGUCUUUAACAAAGAUCAGAUUGUUUUAGUUGGCCAUUCAGCGGGUGCUCAUUUGGCAACCCUGGCCACCCUACUUCUUCUUGAUACACGAGAGGAGCUGCUGAUAGAGCCAAAGCUACAGCAGGAGAUUCUACAUUCAUUAAGGGGAGUUAUUGGGAUGAGUGGCGUCUACAGCAUCAUGGACCAUUAUAAACAUGAGCAGAGGAGAGGAAUUGAAUUUAUUUCUUGCAUGUCAAGAGCCAUGAAUGGGGAGGAAAACUUUCCCCCGUACUCACCUAUGCACAUAGUAAAGAACAUUAGCGCUGACAAGCUGAGGAGAGCGCCCCGGUUCGUUUUGCUUCACGGGGGUUGUGACAUCGUCGUUCCGGCCGACUCUUCCACAAAGUUCUAUAAGCUCCUCUCCUCUCUCUCUGUAAAGACAGGACAAUUCUCGUCCAUGAUGUCAUCCCGCAGCAUCUCCCAAUCUCCUAGUGGACAUAUUGAUCCACUUAUGCACUUCAGAAUUUGAGACGAAAACGAAAG